GUCCUCAUGGAAGACUCCAGCCUAUCCGAUGGCAUCGAUGUGGACAAAGGCUUUGCCAUUGCCUUCCUUGUCUUUGUGUUACUCUUUCUGAUACUGAUGGUUUUUCGGUGUGUGAAGUUGGUGAAGAAUCCCUAUGAAGCCAGCUCCACAACCACAGAUCCAUCUCUGAGCUGA